GUAACAAACAGAUAGCAGCGUUGGUUGUCUGGGCACGCGACAUCCCGCACUUCAAUUCUCUCCACCUGGAAGACCAGAUGCUGCUCAUCAAGGCAUCCUGGAACGAACUGCUACUCUUUGCUAUCGCCUGGCGGUCUAUGGAGUAUUUGACAGAGGAGCGUGAGGUUGUAGAUAGCUCUGGUAACAGGUCCACAUCGCCACCACAACUCAUGUGCCUCAUGCCUGGUAUGACCCUACACCGUAACUCGGCUCUCCAAGCAGGCGUCGGCCAGAUAUUCGACCGCGUCCUUUCGGAACUGUCCCUCAAAAUGCGCGCUCUCCGCUUCGACCAGGCCGAGUAUGUCGCACUCAAAGCCAUCAUACUGCUCAAUCCUGAUGUGAAAGGACUGAAAAACAGACUAGAUGUUGAACUUUUACGAGAAAAGAUGUUCUCGUGCUUGGACGAGUACGUGCGGCGGUCGCGCGGCGGCGAGGAGGGCAGGUUCGCGGCGCUCCUGCUGCGCCUGCCCGCGCUGCGCUCCAUCUCGCUGAAGAGCUUCGAGCACCUGUUCUUCUUCCACCUCGUGGCCGACACAUCCAUCGCGUCCUACAUCCGCGACGCGCUGCGCAGCCACGCCCCGCCCAUCGACGCCAAUGUCAUGUAACCAUACGGCUCCUACGCGGCAGCUACGAUAUACUUCUCUUAUCUUCUCUAUUAUUAUAAGAGCGACCGGUCGAAGGUUCUAGGUGAGAGCACUGGUUUCGGCCAUCUAAUUAGGAUUCUUUUAUGGAAAGUUAGCUUUAGCAGACGUCGAGUGGGCGUGUCGAAGUGGUUAAGAACGUUUCGAGGUCUUAGAUUGAUAAUCUUGAUACCUCAGUGUAUGUGCGUGUGACCGCUACACGACCUCUACGAUGUACAAGUUUAUAUAUAAACGGUUCUGAACAAAAUUGUUGCUAUAAUUAUAGGAAAUUCUUUAAUAUUUAAACUUAAGUAAAAUCUCAUAAAUCGUUAAAAUAACCAAAAGGCCUUUGUUUUAUUUAGAGAGCACUGAAGGCUGUGUUUGACAACAUUCUGGCUAUGCAAAGUACGCGGACGCGAUGUAGUGUAUAAUGAGUCGUUGGUUAUAUGAUGUAUCAUUUACUAUAAGUACCUGGAUGUCGAUAACUCUAAUUCAACCGGCCCUUCGUCCACUUCGUAUUGGUAAGCAGCUACGCAAGCAGUAGAGAGUGUAAGUACAAUAUCGACGCGUCGUGUAUCGGUCCGAGUAUCGAGAUCCACACGGUAGCGGUUAGAUAGUGUAAAUGGGGCCGCCUCUUUUAUUACGUAGAUUAUGAUUAACGUAAAUAUUAGUCAUUCAUUUAUUAGGGAAUUUUAAUCGUCAGGUAGGUGUCCAUAGCGAAUUAAUAUAAUGUUAGACUAAUUAAUGUGUAAUUUUAACAUUUACCAAAUCUCUCUUCAAAGCACAUACAUUUAUUACUACGUAUUUUAAUGGAUUGAUAAGUGUCCUAUGAGCCAGAGAUAAAUUCAUGUUGAUUUGUAAAAACUAAAAGAUAAAUUAUACGAAAUUUUAUGCUUCAUAUAUUUCCCGUGUUACAUACAUGUUGGUGCUUUAACAUGCAUUAUUUACAUAUUGUGCAUAUUAAAUAUGCAUAGUAAGCAUUAAAAUUAAUGUUACUUGAUAAAUCCUUAUUUUCCUUACGACUAGCAUAGAAUGUUAUGAAACUGUAAAUAUAUCUUGCAUGUACAAUGUAAUUUUAUUGUUUAGACGAGUAAUUUAUAUUGCAUAUUAAUAUAUAACUCACCAGCGGUGUAGGUGGUGGGUACAAACGGAUAGAAUGGCCUACAAAAUGUAAACAAAACAUGUAUUUCUUGGACAGGCCACUUUAUUUUUGUACACGACGAUAUCUGUAACAUGCAUUUGAAAAUUCACUAACAAAAUUAACCAGUAUUAUGUAUUUAACAUUCACGAGACACAGAUCAAGUGGACGGCAUUAGAGCGAUAUAUGGACGAGUGACGAGCAUGGCUAAAGAAAAUGCUAAUUAAGUUUAAAUUGUUGAAAUUAAGAAAGCUAUGUAAUGUUGACUUGCAGCUCAAUGAUGUUUAACUGGUAUAUUUGGGACUAUUUAAGAUAUUCACAUACUGUAGAUUGUUGACCGUUGACAACCAGUAUUCCUGUUAUUAUGAAGAUAAAUGUUGAACACUGAUAUUACUCUAUGGAUUGGUUUGAAUUAUAUGACGGAGAUGUUGCAGUGGUUGUGAGAUGAUUUAUACUGAUGUUCACUAAUUAUCUGACUAAAUUUAAGUUAUAUUUUUGUAUAGACAUACAUAGCUUUAAGAUUCGUAAAUGGUGAUUAAAAUUAUUAUCACAA